GGCAACUUUAAAUUUCAGCCAAGGGCACAGAGCCCCCAGCGUCGCCUGCAGGGACCAGCCUCUGAGGAGCACAGGUAACCCCCCCUGCCCUGCUGCCCCUGGGGCCACCCGCCCACACCACAGGUGCGGAGCCCUCCACGGGGUGAUGCUGUGCGCCCAGAAGCCGCCCAGGAUGCGUGCAGCCCUCCUCUGCCUCUGCCUGCUGGGCGCCGUGCUGCCCACGCCCGUACCACUGCCACUGGCCAGGGCGAGUGGGAACUGCGCCGGACAGCAUCGGAUACUGUUGAAAGGCUGCAACACCAAGCAUGGCUUCUACAUCUUCAAAUAUGUGUACUCGUUUUCUACACGGAGGAACCAGACGCAGAUAAAGAAGGAAGAGGCUGAUGAGCAGAGCGCUGUCCCCGUGCACCAGCCAGGAGAGGAGGAUGGGGAGGCUCCGGUGCGAGGCAGCGGAGGCCGCUAUGCGCUGGAGGAUGGGUACAGCCCCAAGCCUGAAAACCUCAGCACCCCGGGUAGCCGCGGGGAGAGCCAUGCUCCAAGCCCAGGUGCCAGCACGCAUGUGGGUCCCACCUUGGCUAGCUCGGAGGGCAGUGGUGACAUGGAUUUGGUGUUGCUGGAGGAGGUCAACGGUGGCGAGGACAUCCUCCUGCAGGGCAUCCUCCCUGGUGGCCCCCAUGGGGACAGCGAUGGAGGGGAUGGGGGUGAUGGUGGUGCGUGGGGGGUCCUGGUGGACAGGGCUGUGACAGCUGGGCGGGAGCGGGUCUCGGCUGCCAGAGGGGCUGGGGACGAGGGCAGCGGCGAUGUCACCACGCCUGGCCGAGGGCGGGCAGGCAGCACAGGUGGCAUGGGGACAGGACGCGCCGCUGUCAGCUCUGUCACCAAGAAGGAGGAGGACGUCCGCAUGGACGCCGAAGGCGUGGAUGAGUUUGCGUACAUUCCCAAUGUGGGUGCCGUCACCAUCACCAGGGGGCUGCCGGGCAGUGCUGGUGUCACAGAGAUCACCCCAGAGGAUGAGGUGAAGAUCUUCAUCGGGAGGGCCAACAUCCACAUGGGUGAGCACGGCGGCACCCCGGGCAGCACCAGCGCUAGCAGCGAGGAUGGCGCCGUCCCCACCGUGGGGACCACUGGGCCCUGGGGGCAGCCUGAGGGACUGGCCGCCACAGACACCCCACGCCACGGGGACAGCAUCACCAGCAGCCCUGGGGGUGGCCGUUCCACAGAGAAUGAUGGGAGCGGUGCCACUGCUGUCCCCAGUGGACAAGGGUUGAUGGUCCCCAUCCCUGAGGGAAGCACCAAGGGUGACGUUACUGUCACCGCAGUGGUCAACGGCCAUGGGGACCAUGGCAACAAGGCGAGAGGUGAGGGGCCAAGGUCCAGGGGGAGGCCUGCUGUCACAAGCGGGGGUGCCAGCAGCGUGGCAUCCUCAGGACUGACCACAGGGGACUGCAGCACCACUGCCAGCACACCAGCUGGGCACACGAGCAGGAGCGCCAUUGCAGGGCAAGGAGGCAGCGGGGAGGUGGGGACGGCGUCCCCGGUGAAGUACGGGCCCAAGGCCCGGCCGGAGGAAGCUGAACUCGGAAAGGCGGCGAGGAUGGAGGCAGCGUCAUCGCCCAGGAGGGCAGCGGCGAGGCUGGCCUCUGGCAGAGCCCACACAGGGGAUGCCGUUGGGACCGCCGCCAGAGUGCCGGGAGCCCCCAGGCUGCGGGGCAGCCCCCGAGCCCGGGCCCAGCACCCCGAGGGCAGCAAGGCAUCGCCCUCGGCCUCAGCAGGGGGCUUCAUCCGCCUGCAUGGAGGCCGGAGGCUGGUAGGUCUGGCGGCGCUGGAGCGCUCCAGGCAGCUGGACCAGGUGAGGCACGCCGACGAGCUCCACCUGCACCAGCGGGCCCUGUACAGCCUCGGUGGGGUAGGGGGCAGCCCCCCGGUGCCCCCCAGCGCCCACGCCGGCCGCUGGAGUGCCGACAGCAGCCAGUCCUCGGAGGGGGAGCGAGGCAGCCGCAGUGGGAGCGGCGAGGAGGACGGGUGGGGUGCCCGGAGGGGGGCGGCGCGGUUCCACCAUGGCCCCUCUGUGCCUCUCUGA